AUGGCCCGCCGCGAAGACUUCGAGAUCGCGAUAGUCUGCGGCUUGCCGCUUGAGUACGAUGCCGUCUCCCUCAUUUCCGAUGAAGUUUGGAAACAGGAUAGAGAGAACAACGACUGCAAGACAGGCCGUAUUGGCGAGCAUAAUGUUGUCCUGGCUCUGCUUCCCGGCAUGGGUAAAGCAAGUGCCGCGAGCACAGCAGCCAACAUCCGUUGGAGCUAUCGCCAUGUACGGCUUUGCUUUCUUGUUGGGGUCUGCGGCGGUGUGCCCCAAACUGGCAGCAAGGAAAUUCUUUUAGGUGAUGUAGUGGUUGGCAAGGCCAUUGUCUCAUACGAUUUUGGCAGGCAAUAUCCCGACGGGUUUACGCUUAAGGAUGGCAUCGAAAGCAAUAUGGCGAAGCCGGACAGAUAUAUCCGCAAACAACUAGCUGUAUUUGAGACCAGCAAUGGCUGUCUCCGACUUCAAGAAGAGAUUGCCAGUUUCCUCAAAAAGCUUCAGGCCAAGGCGACACAGCAGGGGUGCGGAACGAAAUACAGUUAUCCUGGAACGGACGAAGACAGGCUUUUCAUGCCAGGGUAUCGCCACAAACACCAUAUAUCACCUACAUGUAUCUGCAGUAAAUGCGAGAAGGGAUCCGACCCCGUAUGCGAAGAUGCUGUCAAGUCCUCGUGCCAUGAUCUAGGAUGUGCGGAGCAAUACCUCGUUCCAAGAACGCGGCUUAAGAGGAAGCGGGAAGGCGAUAUUAAGAAGGCUCAAGAUCCAGCCAUCCACAUUGGAAGUGUUGGAUCGGGAGACAGAGUUCUCAAAUCUGGGGAACAUCGUGAUAGCAUUGCCAAGCCAAAAGGCAUCAUCGCCUUCGAGAUGGAGGGCGCCGGGAUCAUGGAAGAGAUUCCUUGCGUGAUAGUCAAAGGAGUGUGUGAUUAUGCAGACUGCCACAAGAGCAAGAAAUGGCAAGACUUUGCGGCGGCUACUGCGGCCUCUGCGCUACAGGCCAUCUUGGGAUACAUACCACCAGCCAAGAGCCAAGUCCCGCGACAAGGCCACUUCCUUGUCCCGUUUGGGCGGAACGAAAGUUUCACCGGGCGAGAAGACAUCCUGCAGCGGCUUAUCAUGAGAACCAACCCAGGUGCUAAUAAGGACGACUGCCAAAGGACGGCCGUCGAAGGCCUCGGAGGCAUUGGCAAGACGCAGAUCGCGCUUGAAGUCGCGUUUCGCCUUCACGACGCCUACCCCGACUGCUCCAUCUUCUGGGUCCCGGCCGUGGAAGCCACCGGAUUCGAGAACGCCUACCGUAAGAUUGGCCAGAGCCUGGGGGUAGCAGGGAUCGACGAGGACUCGGCCGACGUGAAGACUCUCGUAAAGGCUGCUUUGAGCCGCAAUGAUGCAGGAGCAUGGCUGCUGAUUGUUGAUAACGCUGACGACACAGAUCUCGUCUGUGGUCCCACAGGAGUAUUUAGAUCUCUUCCAUUUAGUAGGAUGGGCUCGAUUCUCUUUACGACGCGGAACCAUCAGGCUGCAGUCGGGCUAGAUAUUCCGGAGACCGGCGUCGUCCGUAUACCCGAAAUGAACCAAACGGAAGCAACCGAGCUGCUACAGAGGAGCCUGAAGAAGAGUCAGACACAGGAUGCCGCAAGCUUGACGAGCCUCCUCGAUUUCCUCGCUUACCUGCCUCUUGCAAUUAAGCAGGCGUCGGCCUACAUGGCUAAGACAGGAAUGGCGAUAUCGAGAUAUCUUCAGCACUGCCGCAAAGACUUCGAGGACCGCGGCCGCUACAGCGGCAUCGAAAAUGCAGUGGCCACGACCUGGUUAAUUUCCUUCGAGCAAAUCUCGCGGGAUUACCCACUUGCCAUACAGUACCUGCGAUCUAUGUGUUUUCUUGCCGAGAAGGAAAUCCCUGCAUCCCUGUUGUGGACAGCCGAUGAUGAACUGGAGGCGGACGAGGCGAUCGAAGCGCUGAAGGCGUAUGCAUUCAUCACCGAACGAGCAGGCGAAGAGCUGUAUGACAUGCACAGACUUGUCCGAUUAGCAAUACACAGUUGGUUAGAAAAUGAUGGAGACUUUAAGUCAUGUGUUACAGCUACACUAUAUCAACUCGACAAAGUGUUUCCUUUUCCUGAACAUAAAAAUCGGGCUGACUGGGUGCAAUAUUUGCCGCAUGCGUUAGCUGCGUUAAAGUUCGGAGACUAUUCGACUGACAAUAUGGCUAACUCAAAUCUUCUCCUUAAAGUGGCUUGGAGUAGCUUUCUCCUUGGCAAAUAUCAGGAUGCAGAGACUUUCUACUAUCAGGCAUUGGAAAUAUUGCCUAAAGUGCUAGGCGCCGAGCAUCCUCACACGCUUACGAGCAUGAAUAAUCUCGCAGGUGUGCUUUGUAGCCAGGGGAAGUAUAACGAAGCCGAGGUGAUUUAUCGGCAGGCACUAGAAUUACAGACUAAAGUACUAGGUGCCAAACAUCCUAUUACACUUACAAGCAUAAAUAACCUUGCGCUUAUACUUCUUAAUCAAGAGAAAUAUAACGAGGCUGAGGCAAUCCAUCGGCAGGCACUGGAAUUACAGACUAAGGUGCUAGGUGCCGAGCAUCCCUAUAUAUUUACAAGCAUAAAUAACCUUGCAAGUGUGCUUUAUAGCCAGGGGAAAUACAAAAAGGCCGAGGUAAUUCUUCGGCAGGCACUGGAAUUACGGACUAAGGUGCUAGGCGCCGAGCAUCCUGAUACACUAGCGAGUAUAAACAAACUCGCAAGCAUGCUUCGUAGCCAGGGGAAGUCCGACGAGGCCGAGGCGAUCCGACCAUCCUGA